GUUCUGGAUGAAUGGAGUGGUAAAGUACUCAUGUGUCCUCCGCCACUAUCAUUCUCUCUAUCUUUCCAUGUGCCGACGAGGGCCAUGAUGGGCCAGGUGCCGGCACACAGCCGAAGGCCACCUGCUCAAGAGUCAGAGGGAGCCGGAGAGCCAGAGUCAGACGUCAUCACCAUCCGUCCUCCAUAUCGUCAUCAUCGCCAUCGAAAUCUGCAUUACACACACAGAUGAUAGAGAAAGACGCCAUCCGUCCAUCCAUCCAUCCAUUCAUCCACCUUACUCGGAAGUGGCCCCCUUGGAGACACAGCGCCCCAGUCAUCGUCAGAGUCUAUUGGCGAGAUACCCGAUUGCACCGGGCCGCCCGAUUGCGGCGGGCCGGCCUUCAUUCGGGCGGCCAUCGUCUUCUCGGCGCGCUUCUCGGCCUCAUCAGCCACGAGGAACGCAAUCUUCCACACGAAGCUGAUUGAUGGACACAGCACAUGCACACCACUCGUGGAUACAUUUUGGGGGCCGUUUCGUGUGUGGGUCGAGUGAUGAAAUCAGACCUGUUUGGCAUGGCCUGCAGGUCCUUGGCCAUCUCGGCCCACUUGCGAUCGGGUGCACCCUUGAGCUUGCGGGAAAUGGUCUCGGCAGCACGCGUCAGCGGAAAACCCUCACUCUCCUUCAUAAACAGAUGCAUAGGGUCUGUCUGUCUGUUAGCAGCACACAAACAUACCAUGAUGUUCGACAGUCUGGUGACAAGGCUGGCGAUCUCCGCCACCUCCAGCCUGUGAAUAUGCUCGUAUAUGGUCGUCAGAUAUAUGGUCGUCAGAACGGUCUCAGCAACCCCGUGCAAGUGCGGCUCCGCACACGCCAGCUCAGCCAGGCGAACCACAGGCAUGCUGUGGAGCUCGUUAUCACUCUCCCACUGCCGGAAAUGGCCCUCCAACACCCGCACAACCAUCUUCCGCACCCAUGGCCUCUCGAAGAACUUGGGGUUGAGAAGCACCAGAUAGCUCACGUGGUCGGCGGUGAGAGAGCGAUGGUUACGAGCCAUUGUCUCGAGGAUGGCGUCGGCGAAUGUGUCGAGCUGCAGGUAGUUGCAGAGCUUCAGCAGGGCCAGCACACUCCUAGGGUCAGAGUCCAGCGAGUCGACGUCAUUCAGAGGGGGAGGCGCCGAGACAGGGUCGUGAGGCCCGGUUCUCUGUGCCAU